AUGACAGAAUUCUGGUUGAUUUCGGUCCCACUUGACAAGACCAGCCUGCAGUCUCUGGAGAAACUUAACCAUGCUGUCUGCAAGGCCAGGCUGGCCUCAAGCUUCAGGUUCCCCAUCCCAGAGCUGAAGGUGGGCACACUGGAUGUGCUGAUGAGUGUUUCUGACGAGCUCACCAGACUGGACGCCUAUGCAGAGAGCGUGAUUCGGAGGAUAUCCCAGUGCAUGUCGGAGGUGAUGGAACCCUCCAAGGACAAAGUGCUGGAGAACACUCUGGCCAAUGGAGAAUCGAAGACACACCAGAAAAUCACCCAGUCACCCUCGAAAGCUUACUUCCAGACCUUGCUGGUGGAUCUGGUCAGUUACGUGACACGCUUCCAGUGGGACAGAGCCAAGUAUUCCACUUCUCUGCCCCUGAAGACCCUGACAGAGGUGAUCUCUAAGCAAGUGUCCCAGACGGAGUCUGAGCUGAAGUCUCGAUCUGCGGCCUAUGGAAAUCUGAAGGCCAGCCUGCAGGGUCUUGAGCGCAAAAUAGAGGGCAGCCUGCAGAUGCGCACAUUAACAGAUGUUGUGAAGAAGGAGGACCUAGUGCUGGGCUCAGAGUACCUGACCACUCUGCUGGUGGUGGUGCCCAGAGAAAACUACGCACAAUGGGAGAGGACCUAUGAGUCCCUGACCGACUUUGUGGUACCCCGCUCCAGCAGGAAGCUACUCGAUGAGUCCGAGGGAGGGAUCUUCACUGUCACCCUCUUCAAGAAGGCUGUCAGUGACUUCAAGGCCAAAGCCAGACAGCACAAAUUCACAGUCCGAGAGUUCAGCUUUGAGGAGUCAGAGAAGCAGAGGCAGGAGAUGAACAGGCUCAACAGUGACAAGAAGGAGCAAUAUGGAACCUUUGUCCGCUGGCUCAAGGUGAACUUCAGUGAGGUCUUUAUGGCCUGGAUCCACCUGAAAGCCCUCCGGGUGUUUGUGGAAUCUGUGCUGAGAUAUGGUCUCCCGGUGAGCUUCCAGACUGUUCUUCUGCAGCCGGACAGGAAGUGCAGCAAAGCGCUGCGUGAGCUGCUCAGCACCCUGUUCUCUCACCUGGACAGUGCUGCUGCUGCCAGCAAGCCCGAUGUGGGGUUGGACAUCCCCGGCAUGAGUCCUCUGGAGUACUACUCCUACAUCUACUUCAAGAUCGACAUCAACUUGGUGAACAGCUAG